GACUUCUACCGGACCAUGGCGCAGACCAAUAGCUGCGGACAGGGGACCAACGGGGUCACGGACGAGUCCCCCAACAUGAUUGUUUACAGAAAGAUGGAAGAAGUCAUAGCGCGCAUGCAGGCUGAGAAAAACGGCAUCCCCAUCCGAACAGUCAAAAGUUUCCUCACCAAGAUCCCGAGCGUUUUUUCAGGUUCUGAUAUUGUUCAGUGGAUGAUCAAGAAUCUAGACAUCGAGGACCAAGUUGAGGCACUUCACCUCGGAACGCUGAUGGCGGCGCAUGGUUACUUCUUUCCCAUCUCAGACCAUGUCCUCACCCUCAAAGAUGACGGCACUUUCUACAGGUUUCAGACUCCUUACUUUUGGCCAUCAAACUGCUGGGAGCCAGAAAAUACAGACUACGCUGUUUACCUCUGCAAACGAACAAUGCAAAACAAAGCGCGUCUGGAGCUUGCAGACUACGAGGCGGAGAGCUUAGCAAGGCUACAGCGAGCUUUCGCCAGGAAAUGGGAAUUCAUUUUUAUGCAAGCAGAAGCACAAGCAAAAGUGGAUAAGAAAAGGGACAAAAUUGAGAGGAAAAUUCUCGAUAGUCAGGAAAGAGCCUUCUGGGACGUGCACAGACCGGUGCCCGGAUGUGUGAAUACCACAGAGGUCGACAUUAAGAAGUCUUCCAGAAUGAAAAAUCCACACAAAACCCGAAAGUCCGUGUACGGCCUGCAGAACGACAUCCGCGCACACAGCCCCACCCACACCCCAGCGCCGGAGGCCAAGCAGCCGACAGAAGAGGAGCUGCAGGAGCAGAUCACAUUUUGGCAAUUGCAAUUAGAUCGGCAUCGACUCAAAAUGUCCAAAGUGGCGGAGAGUUUGUUGGGCUACACGGAGCAGUACAUAGAAUACGACCCCUUCCUCACACCCCCGGACACCUCCAACCCCUGGAUCUCAGAUGAUACCACAAUGUGGGAGCUGGAAGCCAGUAAGGAGCCCGGCCAGCAGAGGGUGAAGCGGUGGGCUUUCGGCAUCGAUGAGGUUCUCAAAGACCCCGUGGGGAGGGAACAGUUCCUCAAGUUCCUCGAGUCGGAGUUCAGCUCGGAGAAUCUAAGGUUCUGGCUAGCAGUCCAGGAACUAAAGAAACGCCCUAUCCGAGAAGUCCCGACCCGGGUUCAAGAGAUCUGGCAGGAGUUUCUGGCUCCAGGCGCACCCAGCGCCAUCAACGUGGACUCAAAGAGCUAUGACAAAACCACUCAGAAUGUCAAAGACCCGGGACGCUAUGCCUUUGAAGACGCACAGGAACACAUCUACAAGCUGAUGAAGAGUGAUUCCUACAGCCGCUUCAUUCGCUCCAGUGCCUACCAGGAGUUAUUGCAGGCCAAGAAGAAGGUUAUGCCGCAAGCUGUACCCCAGGCACGCACAGUCACGCUCCCACACUUGAAACCCGGUUCCGCUAAUCCCUUCCACAUAGAGCUAAAGUAGACGUGGAGCUGCUGUAUGCUCAGCGCACAAUACAAAACAAAACAAAACAAAAGAAAAAAACGGGUUACUGAUGUCUUCUUGGAAUAUUCCAACCAGGGAUGAAAAUGCAAUCAAAAAGCAUUUGCAUGAUUGCAACAUUUGGUUUUGUGCCUAUGGGAACAAGCUGUAUGCAUAAAAAUGAUUAAUACUGUAUGUGCUCCGAAUAAUCCAUUGAAUAGUCCACUGUGUUUUCUUGAUAGCUUGUAGCUUCUUUAAUCAUUAAAAACAGUCGCCAAGGUGUCUUGAAAGGAAAAUGCCCCAAAGCUUCACAAUCAUAGAAAACUUAGAAAUAGUCUCACAGCACUUAUUUUGAUGCAAUAAUGUCAAAGUAGCAUACAGCAACGUCUUAGUAAAACAGCAACCAGCGCACAGUUAAGCAAGCAAACAAUAUGCCAAAAUGAUAUCUCGGUUAGUGAAAAUAAUGUCUCACAGAGCACAGUCGCGGAAUGAGCACAUUUACAAUUGCUAAAGGGUUAAUGUGAAUUAUUAACCAUCUUGCUUGGCGGCAGUGGGUGAAAAAACAUGACCUACCUUAUGCUAAUUACGAUCAAGGUCUUCUUAUUGUUGAUGCUGCUGCGAAUUUGGUCACCUUUUACCUGCGCCUGUUAGCACGAAUCCUGCAUGUGUGCAAAACUAUUUCAUGUGGAGAAAGAAAAUCAGAAUAGCAGGUGUCACAUGCAUCAGGUACAGCAGACAUACGGUCGGUCACACAGACUUUAUGAAAAUAAGCAGGAAUUACAUAUUUACACGGCACUGGUUAGUACGUCCGUCUCACAUUCCGUGUUGAUUCGAUUCCACCUCUCGCCCUCCCUGUGUGGAGUUUGCAUGUUCUCCCCGUGCCCACGGUCAUCCGGUUUCCUCCCACAUCCCAAAAAACAUGGUUGGUAGGCCGAUUGAGCGCUCCAAAUUGCCCAUAGGUGUGAGAGGUUGUUCGUCUCUGUGUGCCUGCCUACUGCCUGAUGACUGCUAGGAUAGGCCCCAGGACGCUGGCGACCCCCGUGGGGUCAAGCGGUACAGAAAAUGGAUGGAUAUAUUUUCGGUAGAUAGCAAAGAAAAAAAAACAUAACAUGGGUCUCUUCCUUAUGUGACUUUCUUUUUUUGGGGUCCUUGCGCCACCCCGAGAGCGGGGUGCUUGAAAACGCAUUUUCCCACAGAAAGUCAACUUUGCACUUUUGUCAUGAUUUGGUUUCUGGAACAAAAAAGCAAAGCUGGCUGUUGUUUCUGCAUGCAAUCCUUUCAGGCCCAGUCAGGAAUAAACCUCACACAGGUUCAUGGGGAGUUCGGUGUAAGCAGUGUGAAGUAGACAUCCCUGUGUGUGCACAAAUUAUCUCUGUGCCGCAUUUAACAAUCGCGGAGGACGAUUCGGAGUUGCUGAAACGGUCAAAACGAAGGACAUGCCAAACAAAAGAGGCACCCACGCGCCAGUCAUACCAAUGAGGUGGAAAAAAAAAAGCCGCUUAUGAAUAGACUUUGUUCUCAGGUGGGGAUGACAGGCGCUCCUGUCUGGCAUGUAGGCCGCAAUGAAGAAUAGCUUUGGAUUGGGAGGCUGCGGUCAUUAGAUUAAUCAGCCACCGCUUCUAAUUAGAGUGAGAAGCUUCUACCUGAUAUCCUGGCAAAGAGAAUGUUGGCAUUGAGGUUAGGAAUCAUGUCAUCACGUCAGAUCGCUAAUGAGGAUAAGGAUUUUAAAUCAGUUUUUAAUUUUCUAGCAAAUGCUACAAAAUGAUAUUGUGCAGUUGAACCUGGCUACGUUUGCUCAAGUGCCUGCGGAUACGAUUGGUCUGUCUAAUCAUAAUCAGACUCGAAAAAUACUCCGAUAUUGCUACAUCCGAUACCAAACAUACUGUGACACUAAGAAUUGCACAAGUUGCACAAACGCACAGCCACGACUGUUUAUCAGGACACACUUCACAAAUGUGACAAAUGAGGGUGAAAAUUAUUUUAU